GGUGUUAAUGGGAGACUUCAAUGCAAAACUAGGCACAAGAGAGAACGGUGAGCUGAAAGUGGGGAAAUUUGGAAUAGGGCAACGGAACCCAAGGGGCCAGCAGCUGGCCGACUUCAUGGAGAAAGAGGGACUCUUUAUGAUGAACUCUUUCUUCUAGAAGCGGCCCCACAGGAAGUGGACCUGGUCGAGCCCCGACGGUUCGACAAAAAAUGAGAUUGACUUCAUUAUGACGACCAGACGACAACUGUUCAGUGAUGUCUCAGUGAUCGCGAGGGUGAAAACCGGCAGCGAUCACCGAAUGGUUAGAGGCACACUGAACCUAAACGUUAAGUUGGAGAGGUCUCGUCUAAUGAAGCCAACGCUCCGUCCCCCUCGUGCUCUAAUCCAAAGUCCCGAAACCUUUCAGUUCGAGUUACAAAACCGUUUUCAGUGCCUAGAAGACUGCAAUGAAGUGGACGAUUUGAAUGACAAGCUCGUGGAAACUGUCCAUGCGGUCGGAGCUAAGUUCUGCAAGACCCGCCGCAGAAAAACACAAAAACUCCCCGAUCACACUCUUAAUCUCAUGGCUGUUAGACGGGAGAUGAAGCUACAUUCUUCAACAGAUUUGACAGCAUACAGGCAACUGAACAGACAGGUCUCCAAAUGCAUGCGGCGGGACUUACGCUACUUCAAUACAGCUCGUAUUGAAGAAGCGAUCGAGCGGAACCAAGGCUCCAAAGUCUUUGCCAGAGAUCUGUCUGCCAGAAAGAGCCAACUGUCAAAGCUGAAGACCGAAUGUGGCAGCAUCGUUUCCGGGGCACCUGAAAUUUUGAGUGAGAUUGAGAGGUUCUAUGGGCAGCUGUACACGUCAUCGUUGGAGCCGCACGCAAGUGUGAGUAACGAUCCAAGAGCGAGUCUUAUCCGACAUUAUUCCGAUGAUAUCCCGGACAUCAGUCUGAGCGAGAUUAGAAUGGCUCUCCAGCACCUUAAAAACGGCAAGGCCUCAGGCGAGGAUGGAAUUACAGCGGAGCUUCUGAAAGCGGGUGGAAAACCGGUACUUGAAGUCCUUCAGAAGCUCUUUAAUUCCGUCCACCAUGGUGGCAUUACACCGGAGGCGUGGAGCAGAAGUGCGGUGGUCUUGUUCUUCAAGAAAGGCGACAACGCUCUCUUGAAGUACUACAGACCGAUUUCCCUUUUGAGCCGCGUCUACGUGCUGUUUUCGAGAGUCAUUACGAAUCGUCUCGAGCGCAGACUUGACGACUUCCAGCCUCCCGAACAAGCCGGUUUCCGAAAAGGUGUUUAGCACCAUAGACCACAUACAUACCCUUCGGCAAAUUGUACAGAGGAGUACAAUUUGCCACUAUGUCUGGCGUAUGUGGACUAUGAGAAAGCCUUUGAUUCCGUCGAAAUUUGGGCGGUGCUGCAGUCCCUUCAGCGAUGCCAAGUUGACUGUCGGUAUAUCGAAGUGUUGAAGUGCUGGUACAGUAGGGCUACGAUGGCUAUCCGAGUACAGAACCAGAGUACGAAACCUAUCCAAUUGCAGAGAGGUGUAAGACAGGGUGACGUCAUAUCCCCGAAACUUUACCGCUGCAUUUGAAGAUGUUUUCAAGCUUCUGGACUGGAAAGGAUACGGUAUCAACAUCAAUGGCGAAUACAUCACUCACCUUCGAUUUGCCGACGAUAUAGUCCUUAUGGCAGAAUCGCUGGAGGACCUAAGCACUAUGCUCAAUGACCUCAAUAGUGCUUCCCAACGGAUAGGUCUUAAGAUGAACAUGGACAAAACAAAGAUCAUGUUUAAUGUCCAUGUCACACCUAUGCCGGUAGUUUUUGGGAGCACUAAGCUCGAAGUUGUUGACGAGUAUGUUUACCUGGGACAAAUAGUCCUACUAGGUAAGUCCAAUUUCGACCGAGAGGUCAAUCGACGGAUUCAACUCGGUUGGGCAGCGUUCGGGAAAUUACGGCACAUCUUCUCGUCAGGUAUACCUCAAAACUUGAAAACGAGACUGUACACCCAGUGCGUGUUGCCAGUGAUGACAUACGGAACUGAGACGUGGUCCUUCACUGCUGGCCGGAUAAGGAAGCUCAAGGUCGCUCAGCGAGCUAUGGAGAGGGCUAUGCUCGGAGUUUCUCUGCGUGAUAAACUCAGGAAUGAGGAUAUCCGCAGUAGAACCAGAAUGACCGACAUAGCCCAACGGAUUAGUAAGCUGAAGUGGCAAUGGGCCGGCCAUAUAGCUCGAAGAACCGACAACCGAUGGGGAAGAAAGGUUCUCGAGUGGCAGCCUCGUACCGGCAGGCGAAAUGUAGGGCGUCCCCUCACUAGAUGGAGUGACGACAUGGUAAGAUAUGCAGGAAGUCGAGGGAUGCAGGUGGCUCAGGACCGUGCUUUGUGGCAUUCGUUGGGGGAGGCCUAUGUUCAGCAGUGGACUUGUGAAGGGCUGUAAUGAUGAUGAUGAUGAAACGUAUUGGACCAGACCUUUACGUAUACGUUCACGUCUCUCGAUUGGGAGACGUUUAUCAACUGCGUCUCAGUGUUCGUAGUACGCGGUGUUGCGUUGCGUGCGACACCUGCGUCGGCGUGCGGCAAUCAAUAACACGAAAUCAUAGCGGUGCGAGAGGCAUCGCCCGUCUGGCUUCAAUCUAACCUAUAUAAAAGUAUUUGUUCACGCUAAAUGUAUUAUAGUCCUUACAUUUAUAAUAUUGGGAAGAUUCUUAGAUCUAAAUAUAUAAUUUCAGAAUGUACGAACACAACAAGGACUUCGCUCGGCAUUUGCUCGCGAUACUUAUGGGCAAUGCAAUCUUACACAUGAUGAGUUACGUAUUGAUGAAGAUGGUCCAUCGCGAGUCCAUUCCCGUAUAUGUGUGGGUCCAGUUCGUGUUGGCGCACAUUUCCUGGGCAAUUGCGCUACGUCUAUUCCUCGACGCUCACACCAAGUGGUCGGAAACUCCGGCUCAGUCCCGCCAGCUUAACGCUGGGUGCUCUGCGUUUAGUCUCUUAGAUUCACACGAUUUAUGGCAUCUGGCCUCAGCUAACGCCUUGUACUUAACCUUCAAUGUACUUCUAGCGCUAGACGAUACAUUGGCCAAUACGCCCAGGCAUCUUAUACCUGUGUUUUAAGCGACAAUAUGUGUUUGAAAUUCAAUUUAAAAUUAUAGAUUCCUUCAAGCUUAUUAUUAAAUACAAUACCUAUU